GCUGGCCAAUCGACGCCCGCGGAGCCGGCCGACAUUUGCAUGUGUUGACGCGUUGCCGUGGCAACAGCGGGGCCGUGGGCGCCAUCGCAGGUCCCGCUCCCCGGAUCAUGCAAGACCAAAGAGCAAAAGAUCAACACACGGAAACCCUCCUUCUCUACUGAAACGGUGACUAGAUGCAAUUUUCCAGCUUUGAAGGCUCUAGUACAUUCCAGCCCAUGAAACUGAAUUGAGGAGAUGGAGGACCACGCUGAAUAAUAGACUUUCUCAAGUCCUUUAUGGGUAGAAGAGAGAGAACUUUCUUGAAACGUACUCUUGAUGGAAGCAAAUGUCAAUAAAAAGAAUCUGAACAGAACUAGUGACACUCUGCCAAGUGCUGGAGACAGCCCUGCUAGUGUCUCUGCCCUCGUGCCUCCUGAGCAGGUUGCACCAUCAAAUGUGCCGGAUAUUCCCCGAGUUUUGCCAGAAGUACCUCUAGAAGCUGGACCCCAGAGAAGGCGGCCAGGCACUGCAAUAAUAUCAAAGCAGCCAAACUCUUUAAACAUGUCUAAGAUGCCACUGAAUCGACCGGUCAUCCCUCCAAGGAGACCUUGCUUCCGGGUAUGCUAUAUCUGUGGCAAAGAAUUUGGGUCACAGUCCAUCUCUAUACAUGAACCCCAGUGCUUAGAGAAGUGGCGUAUUGAAAACGAUCAGCUACCAAGACAUCUGAGAAGACCAGAGCCUCGGAGACCUGAGGCCCUUACUGGUGGUUCCUGCGUGCUUACAGCUGAUAACGAAGCAGCUUAUCAGAGCGCUCAAGCCCAGCUUCUGCCCUGUGGAAAUUGUGGCCGGACCUUCCUUCCAGACCGUCUCAUUGUGCACCAGAGGAGCUGCAAAGGAAAUGGCAGUGGUGUGGGGUUGCCAGGUGCUAACCCCCAUAAAUCUGGCUCAGCAAGAGAAGAUCCCUGUAAGGCCAGUCAGAGAAAGAGCGGGGCUGCACCAGCCGCAUUAGAGAAGGCACGAGUGGUAAGACGGCCACCAACAGUGAUUUGUUACAUAUGUGGCCGUGAGUAUGGAACAACAUCCAUCAGCAUCCAUGAGCCACAGUGCCUGAAGAAAUGGCACCAAGAAAAUGACAUGCUACCCAAGCGCUUGAGGAGGCCAGAGCCCAAAAAGCCUGAAGUCAAUCCCAUACAAGCCAAAGGUUUCUAUGAUCUUGAUGCUUUAAAUGAGGCUGCCUGGAUCAGCGCCCAGAACCAGCUAGUUCCAUGUGAUAUUUGUGGGCGUACUUUCCUUCCAGACAGACUGAUCGUACACCAGAAGUCCUGUAAACCGAAACCUGCAACAUGAAGUGGAUGUGACACACAUACAUACAUACGCAUGCAUGUACCCUCCCGCCCCAAUUGACCCGCUGUGUGUGUAGGCAUGAAGGUGCACUCAUGCACUUGUACCUUUCAACCAAACUACAAGAGAAAUAAAAUCCAGCUGGAGAGCCAUGGGCAUAAAAACUGUGGCGCGCUGUUAAAUCGCAUGAUCCAAAAGUUUCCAGAGUAAAACCAGCAGUUGCUACUGCAGGGUAAUGUCAAAUACAGUGAUACUGAGCCCAACAGUAGCAAAUAUGCUUCCUCAUUUCGGGUUUUCAGGUACCAUCACCUUGAAAACACAGUUUGAGAGGGAUGGCGUAGAGAAUGCUUGAAAGUAAUGUUAAAUACCACCUUCUCACUGUGCUUUCCUUCCUCUUCUGGAAGGAUCCUCCCAGGUUGUUUUGUAUUUGCUGUGCUGCCCUCAUCACUUUUGAUCAAAUGCAACAUGUACAGGGCAGGGCAUCUGCCCUGCUCCUUUCACAGCCUUUUGGAUUUAGCUAGCUGGGCCUUUGUAAGAACUUUUACCUUCCACAUGUGGUUCCUGACUUAAGUGCCAUGUUUUGGUAUUCAGCAAGGGAGAGAGAGAAAUGAGCCAUAGCUGCAGGAGGUUUUCCACUAAAGAGAUUCCCAAGAGAUUAUCCUGCAGGGAUCCAUCUUCUGGUCUUGCUUUUCAACAGAUCUGCGAGACUGGGAGAGAUGGCUUCCUGUCAGGAGCUUCCUUGUCAAUAGGCAAAUUGGCUACAAGCGCUGCUCUCAGUCAAUGCACCUACUGCUUCAGAAACUGAAACUUCAGAAAACUUUUAGGAAAUCUUUUAUUUUUGAUGAGGACUGAAUUUUCAGUGGAAGCAAAACCAAGUGAUGCUGGUCAGGAAAAUUGUUUUUGAAUAAUCAUCUCAAGUUUUUCCUCUCCUUCCAUCAAAGACUUGUCUAGUCAGUGUAGGGACCUCCAGCUGAACUUGGCUAAUCAAAGAACCCAAGUAGCUCCAUUGUUGUUGGGCUUUGUCUGUUUUUUCUUUUUUUCUUCCUUUUUUUUUUUUUUUCUUUUUUUCCCCUGUCAUCAGUCACAAGGCAGUUCACUGACUCCAAACAGAGCUUAAAUCCAUGCAGCACCCCAGCGUUCAUACCCUUGUGGGGCAGUGCAGCUCCUGAAGCCUGUGACUGCCGCAGAUGAAACACCCCAGACAAAGGGAUCCAUCUAUGUGGCAGAAGCAGAGGCUGGCUCUUUUACAAAGCACCCCAAAAGGGCACUCUUCUUGGAUCACUUCUUGUUUAAGAAUGAUACCAACAGUGGGAUUUGCCCUCAGCUAGAUUAACCAAUCAUGCCAAAAGUCAUAUGUUCGAGGACCACAUCUUUCUCAUGAACCUGAUAAAACAUACUCUGAUGUCAGUCCAAAAGAAGCGUGGUGUGUCUGGUGGAUGGAGUAAGAUACCACCCCACUCUCUGUGCUCAAUGUGACCAUAACUGUGUCAGUAUGGGCAAAAAGGUUUGAAUGUGUUCCUUUGAGAAACGCUGUUAUGUUACAUAGCAGAAUCAGUGCCAAAACACAUCAGUGAAUAGGUUAAACAUGAAGGAAGUAAUACUCACUUUAACAAGGUACAGCAGAGAGCACUUUUCAUUGUUGUUUUAGUUUGAAGUUUUUUAUUAAGUAGUCAGUGAGGUUAUUCAAGAGGUAUGACAAAAUCCAGUACAAGUUGUUAAACACCAGUAUGGGCUUCCUGAUACCAUGAAAUAAACUUUAUCUUAUGUCUGUUUUCACCUCCAGGCUUAAAGCCCUAGAGGUAUCUCUUACGUACUGUGUGACCAGUGGGGCUUUUCCCCAUGUUCACACUCAGUACUGCACUUACACAAAUCAGAUUAAGUGUUAAAUAUCAUGGACGUCCUCAAACACACUAAAUGAAAUAUGGGUACCAGCUUUUUCUCUUCCAAGCCGUCAAGCUGUGUGACUUGUGGUGUAAGUGAAAUGAGGAGUAAUGUCAUUAUCCAGUUACCAAGAGGAAUGCUCUUGGCUCAAGCCCUGGAGGGCUGUUAAUUCAGACUGGGAGAGAUACCAGCAUUCUUUGGUGAAAAUAAUUUCCAAGACAGUCAAUGGCACCUCAGCAGCCCUUUCAUCUACAGGAUGAAAACUGUAUUGUUUGAAGAUACUUGUCUUCAGAAGUCAAGGUUCAGUUUCUGCUCUACAGCGCAAAACUGUGCAAACUCUGCAGAUCCAUCCUCGUUAGCAUCUCCAGCGUGAGGAGAGCCACCAGUGGAGCUGGGCUGGGACCAUCCCUGCACCGUUUGCCUGGGAGAAGGCAAGUGACCUGAGGAGAGGAGAGGAGAAGAGAGGAGAGGGGCAGGGGUUUGUGACUGCUGGACUAGCUCCCAGGAGCUGUUGGCAGCGUACGCUGCAGGAACCUGGAGGCUGCUGUAAUUCACAUCAGGUGCUGGCCCACUGAAGAGUGGCUUGGUGACUGGAGGAUUGUGAAUGUCAUGCGUCCCCUCUUCCUCAUCUCAGGCCCCUCUGCCUUUUUUCAGACAUGGAAAGCAUUUCUUGACUGCAUCUCCCUCACCGUGUUGUCAAGCUUCGUUACAGUCACUUCAAGAGCAAAAACAGUUUUAAAGGGAAUAAACGCCCCCUGCACAGUCAGUGCAGUCUUUGGCGUUAAACACUCAGCAGCUCAGCUUUCAGUGAUAUCCAGCUGCCAGAGUCCCUAUGUCGUUCUGAAAGUUGGACUCGGGGUGCCAGUGACUAGCUUUGUCAGAAAUUUUACCAAGAUGAGUUUUUCCAUAUUUCACUGUAAAUUCUCUUCCUGUCUACUUUUCUGGAUUACAACCUCCAAAAGCAAUAAAAUCUGCUUCACAAGCUAAGAAUGAUUAUAAACACUCACAGAAGUACUGAU